AUGUCCUCUCAGCGCAAGUGCGGCGCCCAGGGGGCAGCCGUGUUGCUGCAGGAGUACCUCAAAGGCACGGAGUACAUCGUUGAUCACGUAUCCCGUGACGGUGUGCACAAAACCACCAUGGUCUGGGUCUACGACCGCCGCCCUGCCAAUGGCGCUGGCUUCGUAUGCUUCGGCCAGCAGUGCGUGUUGCCUGACGGCCCCGUUGCCCAGGAACUCAUUGCCUACACCCGGGGGUGCCUGGAUGCAUUGCGCAUCUCCGAUGGUGCCACCCACACGGAGGUGAUGAUGACUGAGACAGGACCCUGCCUGGUGGAAGUUAACAGCCGUUGCCAUGGGGCUGCGGGCUCCUGGAUGCCCUUGGCACGAGCCAUGACGGGGUACACCCAGGUCGAUGCGUGCGUGGAUGCCUUCCUGAAUGCUGAGGCCUUUGACAGCCUUCCCGAUGUGCCACCUCCAUUUUUGGCAUCUGGGCAGGUGUCCAUGCUGGUCUCGUACCAUGAGGGGCAGGUAGAAGCCACGCAGUUCCAGAAGGUUCGAGAGCUCAAGUCCGUGGUGUUCCUGGAGGAGAAUCUUCAUGCAGGCCAUCGUGUGGAGAAGACCAUCGAUCUUUUUGGCCUCAUAGGGAUGUGUGUCUUGGUGCACUCCGAUCCGGAUGUGCUGGCCAGUGAUCUGGAUUGCAUCCGCCAGAUGGAGCACGAAGGCUCCCUUUUCGUCUUGGCCAACUGA